CACAGAGGAAAAUACCUACAAGGACAUAUUGGACUGCCUCCAUGAAGAAGUACCAGAAGGAGCGUUUACCUGUGAAAAAAUAACAACAAAAAGACAAGGUGUUGCCUAUAAAAUCGGUGUACCAUCUCAACAUCUACAAACUUUUAUUAAUCCUAGUUUCUGGCCUGGUGGAACGUACAAGUUUAUUUUUCCAAAAAAAGAACCCACAAAUGUUCCCGAACAAAAUUUUCCCAAUCACAUAGUAAAUCCAUUAGUAGCAUGAUUAACAUAAAUAAACAAAACAAGGACAGCACAGUGGAUGCCGAACCAGCCGCAUCACUGUACCGCUGGAGCUUUAACAGCACACCUGGAAUAUCGCGAGAGCUCAACGAAUACACCUCGGGCACGGGAAACAGUGUUCUCACCUAUAUGCCGCGCGUUGCCGCCGACUACGGUACGCUGCAGUGCUGGGGCAAAAACGCGCUCGGCACGCAGAGAGUGCCGUGCACUUAUCACAUUGUGCCGGCUGGCAAACCGGACCCUCCGCACUCGUGCUCGGUGCUCAACGUCACGCAUCAUUCCGCAUUGAUCACAUGUAAAAAAGGAUUCGAUGGAGGUCAAAGGCAAAAAUUCGUGUUGGUGCUAAGCAUGGGAGAAAACGUAAUAUCCAACAUGUCUUCAUCGACAAUCCCGGAAUUUUACAUCCCUAAUCUGGAAGCGACUCAAGAUUACUCGACGAUGGUUUCCUCUUUUAAUUUAAAGGGUUUUUCUAAACCGACGAUGCCUCUGGUGUUUCACACGCUGCCCGCUCCGGGCCUAAAAGAGCAACGAAGAAGCACGGAACCUUCCGAAAGCAAAGUUGGCAGUACAGGUCCAUGGCUAUACAUAUUGUUGGCUGCUGGGUCUACUUUGAUAGUGGCGGCGGCUAUUGGAGCCAUUAUAUUCGCCAUAAGGCGGUUCAGGGUCGAAAGUCCUGUGAGAAAUCCACGCACCCGGAGUCCCAAAAUGGACGGCGGGCCCAGCGUCAGCUCACUUGAUCCCAGGACGUCCAAUCCCUACACCGACGAGAUGGCCAUGGACGAUAACAACCCCGAUCUUAUACCUCCUGCCAACGAAUCGUUCUCGGAAGGACUGCUAGACUCUUCUAUAGUUCCAUACACGAUAACCGCCCGGCCGUCGCAGAAACGCAACAGUGCCACGCAAAUGCCUGUGAAGCCGUACCACGUGACGUGGGCCCCCAUCUUGCAGUCGCGUAACUGCUCCACGCAGACCCCCCUUCCGCACAAAGAAAGCUCAGUCUAGUCUUAACAGGGCCCCCUCCCACCAAUCAACCAAGUCUCGGCAUCGUGACCAAUAACACCUGUGAUAUUUGUGAAUAUCUCUCAUAUUUUUAAGCAUUAUUACGAAAAUUAAGUUAUUUCAAAAAAAUUAUCAGAGGCAAGGACCUGUAUGAGGCGCCGCACUAUGUCGUAAACAGAGUGAUUAGGUGACCAAAAAUAUUUUUGUUGAAAAACAUAUUGAAAAUGCUUUUUUGUUAUACAAAAAGAUAAUUUUUAAUAAAUUUAACCAUUAGUUAGGAUUAAAAGAAGCUAAGUACAGGGUGAACCACGUAAGAUAACCCAUAUGCCUAUCUCAGAAACAACUGUAGUCAUGAAAAAUUUGUAGGGAACAAAAAUAUUUGAAUUAAUACAUAUUUUUUAAUGUUGUAAUUUAAUUUAUACAGGGUGUUCAAUUUUUUCUGGGACGAUACCAAUUUUAUUAUUUUCGAUUUUUACAACUUUUUAUUCUACGUACUUUUUUAUGUUUUUAAUGGCCUUUUGCAGAGCUAAAAGGGAUUCCGCACUUGUACUCUUAUCCUGUUAAAGUUUUCUGUUUAG